AAGUCCGCGCACGCCUCCUGCAAGAUGGCGAACCCGGAAGUCGGCGAGAGCCCGAGCCAGCCAGCCGAGGGGAGCCGGGAGCCCUGAGCCCGGGCUGAAGCGGCGGCCGCCUGGCCUGGCUCCUCGCCUCCGUGCCGGCCUUCAGGCGCGUUAGUCGGGAGGAGGAGGAGGGCGAAGUCAAGGGCAUGUUGCAGCUAGGAGGGUGCCGGUGAAGCCUCUCGCUCUCCUUUCCUCCUCCACCGCUCAGCAAUCGGGACCUCCCGUUUCAUCCCCGGCUUCCUCCAUGAGGCGGCAAGAAGCCUGAUGCCCUCUUCGGCCCUCACCAUGGAUGGCGGGAAAAGCUUCCACCCGCCUUGCACACACCAGCAGCCGGUCAACAUGUUUUGCGGGGUGCCCACCCUGCCGGCCCAACUAAGCAUGCCCACCUUAGAGUUUCAGAAUUCUGCUUCCAGUUGGUGGACUCAAGCACCCUAUUCAUCGGCUUCGUACUCGGCGCCAUCUUUCCUGAGCGACAACCAGCAAUAUUUUGAUUUCUACUCUGGCGGGCAGCCGUUCUCUGACGCCAACUAUGCAACUCCAGGCCUCGCCGAUUUCUUGAAGAACGGCGACUUUCCUCAGGACUCUACGUUCCCCACCGAUCUCUCCAGCAACUCCCUCUUCUCCUCCCCGGCCGACUCCCUCUCGGACAUCGCCGACGCUCAGGAAUUCCUCCCCGCCGACAGCCUCAGCCGCGUGCCGACGAUAUGGGACAUCACCCCGCAGCAGAACCAAAUAGAGCGAUUGCCUCCAGAUUUGGAAGGCUUAGAAGGGCUACAGGGCAUUGACAGUCACCUCGCAGCGGCUCCUCAAGAUACCUCUCUUCUUUCCACCGUUCAGUCCCAAACUCAGGUAGAGGAGGAGGAAGAAGGGGACGACGACGAAGCGGAGGAGCUGGGCCACGCGGAGACGUAUGCUGACUAUAUCCCUUCCAAAUCCAAGCUGGGGAAGCAGCACCCCGACCGAGUGGUGGAGACGAGCACCCUCUCCAGCGUCCCCCCUCCGGACGUCACCUACAUCCUCUCCCUCCCCGCCUCAACCGCUGACAACGGAUUACUCUCUGCACUACAGCUGGAAGCGAUUACCUACGCCUGCCAGCAACACGAAGUCCUGCUUCCCAACGGGCAGAGAGCCGGCUUCCUCAUCGGGGACGGUGCCGGCGUCGGGAAAGGCCGGACGGUCGCAGGGAUCAUCUUCGAAAACUACCUGAAGGGGAGGAAAAAGUCCCUGUGGUUCAGCGCUUCAAACGAUCUCAAGUACGAUGCUGAGAGGGACCUGAAGGAUAUCGACGCCCCUGACAUUCCUGUGCAUGCUUUAAACAAGAUUAAAUACGGCGACACAGCUACCUCGGAAGGAGUCUUAUUUGCCACUUACUCGGCCCUCAUCGGCGAAAGCCAAGCCGGUGGCCAGCACAGGACCCGCUUGAAGCAGAUUCUGGAUUGGUGCAAGGAAGAUUUCGAUGGUGUUAUUGUGUUUGACGAAUGCCACAAAGCCAAAAAUGCCAGCUCCACCAAGAUGGGCAAAGCAGUAUUGGACCUGCAGAACAAGCUGCCUCUCGCAAGGGUGGUUUAUGCCAGUGCCACAGGUGCCUCCGAGCCAAAGAACAUGAUUUACAUGAGCCGGCUGGGUAUUUGGGGAGAAGGGACCCCUUUCCGAUCAUUUGAUGACUUCCUAUCGGCCAUCGAGAAGCGGGGUGUCGGUGCAAUGGAGAUUGUCGCCAUGGACAUGAAAGUGAGUGGGAUGUACAUCGCUCGGCAGCUCAGCUUUUCAGGGGUCACCUUCAGGAUCGAGGAAAUCCCACUGGACCCAGAGUACAAGCUUGUCUACAACAAGGCGGCUCAGCUGUGGGCAGAGGCCCUGGGGGUUUUCCAGAAAGCUGCCGACCUGAUAGGCUUAGAGUCCCGAAAGUCUUUGUGGGGUCAGUUCUGGUCCGCCCACCAGCGCUUCUUCAAGUACCUCUGCAUUGCUGCAAAGGUCCGGCGUCUCGUCGAGUUGGCGAAGGAGGAAUUGAACAAGGGCAAGUGUGUCGUAAUCGGCCUGCAGUCGACAGGCGAGGCCCGAACCCGGGAGGUCCUGGACGAGAGCGAGGGGCAACUGACCUGCUUCGUAUCUGCUGCCGAAGGCGUCUUCCUCUCACUAAUUAAGAAGCACUUUCCUUCAACCAAACGAAAAAGAGAGAGAGGAACUGGCAUUAAGAGAAAACGGAAGCAGAAGGGCCGUGGGGCCAAGUUCCCCAAAAGUUGCGACGUCACCAGCAGCAGCGUCAUCAAGAUCAGCUCCGACAGCAGCUCUGAUUCCGAAGGAGGGAUGGAGAGCGAUUUCAACUCGUCCCCGGAGUCCCUGUUCGAAAACGACGACGUGAUCUUCAACGGUUACGCUUGUGACGAUCGGGGCAACACCUCUUUGCAAAACUCCCAGAAGGAGCUGUACGGCACUGUCAUGCUGGAGAACGUCGAGAAGAUGAAACAGGACCUCCUGGCCAAGGCGGAGGCGCUGGGCAAAGAACUACCUCUCAACACCUUGGACGAACUGAUCGAUCACUUUGGGGGCCCGGAGCAUGUGGCAGAGAUGACCGGCCGCAAAGGGCGCCUGGUGCGGCGGCCAGAUGGCUCCGUUGUCUUCGAGUCGCGAGCUGAGCAAUGCCUUUCCAUCGACCAUGUGAACCUCAAGGAGAAGGAGCGUUUUAUGAACGGAGACAAACUCAUAGCAAUAAUAUCCGAGGCCUCCAGCUCAGGGAUUUCUCUCCAAGCGGACAGACGGGUAAAGAAUCAGAAGAGGCGCGUCCACAUGACGUUAGAGCUGCCUUGGAGCGCCGAUCGAGCCAUCCAGCAGUUUGGUCGGACGCACCGCUCCAACCAGGUUUCUGCUCCGGAAUACAUCUUCCUCAUCUCCGAACUGGCCGGCGAAAGACGGUUCGCUUCCAUUGUGGCCAAACGCCUGGAGAGCCUUGGUGCCUUAACUCACGGAGACAGGAGAGCGACCGAAUCGAGAGACCUCAGCAAAUACAACUUUGAGAAUAAGUACGGGUCCCGAGCCCUCGUCAAGGUCCUUCACACCAUCAACAACCAGACGGAGAACAAAGUCCCCGUGCCCAAGGGGUACCCGAGGGAAGACGCUGCUUUCUUCCACGAAAUGAAGCUCAGUCUCCUCUCGGUCGGGAUCGGCUGCAAAGAGAUGCGGUACGGCUACGUGGCGGUGGAAAAAGAUUGCUCCAUCAGCAAGUUCCUGAACCGCAUCCUGGGUUUGGAAGUCCACAAGCAGAACCUCCUUUUCCAGUACUUCAGCGACACUUUCGACUACCUGAUCGAGAGGGAUAAGAAGGACGGCAAAUACGACAUGGGAAUUCUGGACCUGGCCCCCGGCAUCGACGAGAUCUAUGAAGAGAGCAAGGAGGUUUUCCUGACCCCAGGGCACCCGCAGGACGGGCAGGUGGUCUUCUACAAGAUCAGCGUCGACAGAGGCCUGAAGUGGGAAGAGGCCUACGAGAAAUCCCUGCAACUCACAGGUCCUCAGGACGGCUUCUACCUGUCUUAUAAGAUCAGAGGCCAGCAGUACACCUGCAUCCUGGCUGAGCAGAGCAAAGGAAGAUACUUCACCCUCUACAAGCCGAACAUCCGCAAGAACAGCCAGCCGGAGACCUUGGAGAGUCUCCUCAAGAAGUACCGACGGGUGUUGCCGGAAGAAGCCAAAGAGCACUGGGAGAGCAGCUACGCUUUUUCGUUGGAGCACUGCAACCACGCCGUGUGGAACCGGAACUGCAAGGUGGUUCAGGAAGGGAAAGAAUGCCAUCAGGGGACGCGUCUGCGUCAUUACCACAUGCUGUGCGGGGCGCUCCUGAGAGUCUGGAGCAGGAUCGCCAGCGUCAUGGCCGACAUCACAAACACCAGCUACCUGCAGAUCGUCCGCCUGAAGACCAAGGAAAAGAAGAAGCAAGUCGGUAUCAAGAUCCCAGAAAACUGCGUCCAGCAGGUGUUGAAGGAGCUCAAGCAAAUGGACACCAGCGUUAAGCAGAAGCAGAGCCAGGCUUUGCUGGCAGCGGCCUCCGCGGGGCCCGGCCUGCCCUACGCGCUGCUCCCCCUCGACCGACCGCCCACGCCGGGCACCAGCUUCCUGCCCCAGGACGAAGUCUUGGACCUGACCUACAGCCCCGCCAGCGACGGGAUCCCGGACUUCUGGACCGAGGUUGCUGCGCCGCCGCCGCCGCCACCACCGCAGCCCCCCGGCCCUCCGUUUCAUUUCAACUUCCCCCUGCCCUUUGACGGGGCGUCCCUGGCAGCGGGAGGCCUGCCCCUGAGCGGCUCCCCUGCCCAGCACGAACCCUCGCCGGCCCCCCAGGCCCAUGCCGCUGCUGCCGCCGCCCCGCCGCCCCCAGACAGCUUCUCCCUGCCCGACCCGGACAUCAACUACAAGGAGCUCCUGGAAGAGAUGUUGAGCUCGCUCAACGUGGGGCCCGAGGACAGCGCCCAAGGGAGGCAGAGCGUCAUUCAGUACCAUCCGGGGCAGCCCUUCCCCACGUUCUACGAGGACGACGGCAGCUGAGCGGCCAGCAAGGAGCGUCGGGCGUGGGGUGGCAGGGACACCCCUUUCCCCCCCACCCAGCCCAAGGGGGUGCGGAAAGGGGUGGCAAGGGUUUAAGGUUUGGAACGGACCACUCCUCUGUCUUUUUUUCAAAACAGGGAUGGCGGGGCAGAGAGUUCGGAGCGGGAGCGAAAACAGGAAAAGUUUUAUUUAUAUAUAAUUAUACAGUCACCUCUGUACUGAAUUUUUUUUAUAUAUAUCUCUAUAGAUCCGUAAAAGUGGAGGCUUUUUUUGGGCGGGGGUCAGUGGGAGGUGUAGCGGCGCCUAAACCGGGAGCGAGAGGGGGCAAUAACAAGGUUGUAGGUCUCUUCGAACCGCCCCCCCUCCAGGCUGCACUCCCCCCCCCUUUGCCCCUCUGCAAACUACUGAGUUUGGAAAAGUUGGGAUCUUUAUAUUCUUCUCUCUCCUCCCCACGUUCUACCCAGUGAGAUCGGAGAGGCGCGCCAUUCGAACCCACCACGACGAAAGCUUUCCGGGUGGUCCCAACCUGGUCGCCCCCCCCCCGGCGGGUUGUUUUGCACAGGUGCAGAGUUCGAGUGACGCUGCACAGCCCUGCACGCUUCUGGUUCUGAGCAAAAAAGGGGGCGGGGAAUUGCCUUGCAAGUUUCUAGACCUUGUGGAGGUAGGGAAACGCUUGAACAUGGGUGGCAGAAUUUCUGUGGUCCUCCCUGUUUUCCCGUGCCUGAGGCUCAGCGCCUACUCCUGGCCUGCUUGGACUACAGUUCCCAUCAGCGCCUGGCAUCUCACGGUCUGGCGCCGAUGGGAAUUGUAGUGCAAAAAACAGAGGGGUUAGCGGAGUAGCUAAGAAAGGCUUGUCCUAGCGAGAGCAUCUAAAUAGUAAUAGCUGUGCAAAAGCGUUUCUCUGAGUUGCGGUCAUUUUUAUUCUCUUGUGCUGAAACUGCGGGGAGGGGAGGAGAAGAUGGAUUUGCCAGGACAGCAUUAAACUAUCAGCUCACAGUGGACGAGGAAGAGGGGGCUCGAUCCGCUCAGCCCAAAAGAAGUUCCCGUCAGGCCCAAGCGAGGGCGGAGGUCACGCGUCAGGAUUUUUAUUUCGGGAAGUGGGGUUCCAGGUCAGGGACUGCCAAACGUGAGGAAUUUAUUUGCUCGGAAUUUAUUUGCAAACCACGAUUUUUCUGAUUACCCCCCCUGAGAACACUGCUCUCCUUUUUCGGAGAAAACUACCACCGUUUCCGUACGGAGGGAGGGAAACACGUGGGGAAGUUGGUUUCUCCAAACCCCCUGAAAAAAAGUCUGCAGGGAAUCUUGAAGGUGUUAUAUCCCAUAACAACCCAGCUCAGGGCGCCAGAUGAUCUAUGCAGGGAUGGAGCCUUGUGGCUGGAGAAGAGCUCUUUCCCUUCCUGGUUUAUUCACAUUUAUGCAAGUGGUUUGCAACAGCCCACUCCUUGUUUUUUCCUCCCCGUCAGAAACACCCCUACCUCCACUUCUUAAAUUAAAAACCCCUCACCUUCUCCCAAGGAGGCAUAUAUACGUCACCCCCUACCUCGUCCCAGUAACAAUCCAAGCUAUCAAGGUGAAGUUGUCUUCUGGCACCUGCUUUCACUUGUAAGUUUUUGAAAAUGCCUAGGCAAGCCUCUAGCCCUCAUGGAGCUUCCCUGAGCGCUGGCAGGGGCCGUGCGCUUCCUCCUUUGUGGUUGGAGGCAUAUAGUUCUUUAAUAGUUGUCUUUUUCCUCCUCCCUCCGGAAGAACUUUCCUUUACUGCUGCUGCAGUUGCCCCUCCGCUCCCCUCUCUCUUGGCGAGACGGAAUCGCCCAUGGGGUGGGCGUCUCCCCACAUCGCCCACCCAGAUCCACAGCGCUCAGAGGAUCGCCACGGUUUCACAACGCCUGCUACUUCCUGUAUUCUGAUUAUCGGUCCCCUCCCUCCCCGUCGUUUAAGAAAAAUGUCCUCGUGACCCUCGCAAGCUUUGCAGGAAAGAUGGGAAUCUAGAAGGAAGGAAGGGGUGGGUGGGGAAGGAAAAGAAACAUAGGAAGAUUUGCAAGGCAGCUCCAGUGUCCCCCAAUUCCCACCCCCCACCCCGGCCAGAAGGCAGAGGAAUGAAGCAAUUAUGCAAAAAGAGAAAGAAACUAUGCAAAUGCGCUGUUUUGCAGGCAGCAGGAGGGAUUUGGUUUUCACUGGAAUUUCUAUCCUGAUUUGCAGUGCUCUCGAGGGCGGAGACCACAUUCUCGUUUCCCCAUCACAAUCGUGCGUUGCCGUUUAAAGAUUUUAGUAGCCAUAAGCGAAUCCCGGCAGCCUGCUUUUAGGGUUCGUUUCCUGAAAGGAGUUGGGUUGGGGGGGGCUUAAAAACUCAGGAAAGAAUUGGAGGUGUGCUCAAGUUGGGGCUACUUCCCCCCCUCAAAUAGGAAUAUCUCAGAAUUGUUAUGUGGUUAUUUUAUGGUGGUUUAAUUAUUUUUUUCAAAAAGUAAAUCUGUAUUUCCCAGGGCAGUGAGACUCCCUUUAAGGAGAUACAAACCGCUGUACCCUCACACCCUCCAUUUUGUCAGGAAAACUUAAUAUGUAACAACUACUUUUUAAAAAAACUAAAUUAUUAUGCUGUUUUUUUGUUCUAUUGAUUGUAUUUUUAAAAAUGGAAAAUCUCUUCCCCUUCCUGGUUGGCACUUUCUAACCAGCUUCCUUUUUUGUCCGCUUAUUUUUUUUUUCUAUGGAUAUUUAUAAUUAAUUCAAAAUUGUGUAAAUAUAUAUAUGUAAAAAAAAGGGGGGUUGCCUGCGAAGAGGAAGGGGGAAGAAGUCUUUACCCGUUUUUUGUUUCGUUUUUGUUGAUGAGGAAAUGUGCCUUUUAACUCGUGAUUCUGGAAUUUUCUACCGAAGGAUUAAAACGUUGGCAUUUCAGCUCA